AUGUCAGGAUCAGACCAGCUCACGGCAGUGAAGAAGGAGAGUGAAGAAGAAUUUGAUGAUUUCCUACAAGAGUAUCUGUUUACAACUAAGAAAGAGAACGAAGAAUAUGGACUGGAACAUGAAUGUAAGACUGAAAUAUCCAUGCCACUACAGGACAUUAAAAAGGAAGACAUGUCUUCAGAUCUUCAUGACCACACAGAUUAUUUUCCAAGAGCUUUUAUUGAUAAGUACGCUCUUAAGAAACAUCAGAUGAUCCAUACUGGAGAAAAGCCACAUCAGUGCUCUCAGUGUGGAAAGGCCUUUACACAAAAGGGUCAUCUCAAAAUACAUAAGAGGAUCCAUACUGGAGAAAAGCCACAUCAGUGUUCGCAGUGUGGAAAGGCUUUUACAGAUACAAGUCAUCUUAAGAAACAUCAGAGGAUCCAUACUGGAGAAAAGCCACAUCAGUGUUCUCAGUGUGGAAAGGCUUUUAAAUGUAUAAGUGAUCUUAAGAGACAUCAGAGGAUCCAUACUGGAGAAAAGCCACAUCGGUGUUCUCAGUGUGGAAAGACAUUUACAGAUACAGGUGAUCUUAAGAGACAUCAGAGGAUCCAUACUGGAGAAAAGCCACAUCUGUGUUUGCAGUGUGGAAAGGCCUUUGCAUCGAAGGGUCAACUCACGCUACAUCAGAGGACUCAUACUGGAGAAAAGCCAUAUCAGUGUUUGCAGUGUGGAAAGGCUUUUACAGGUACAGGUGAUCUUAAGAGACAUCAGAGGAUCCAUACUGGAGAAAAGCCACAUUCAUGUUCUCAGUGUGGAAAGGCUUUUACAGAAAAGGGUCAUCUCAAGAUACAUCAGAGGAUCCAUACUGGAGAAAAGCCACAUCUGUGUUCUCAGUGUGGAAAGGCUUUUACAGGUACAAGUAAUCUUAGGAAACAUCAGAGGAUCCAUACUGGAGAAAAGCCACAUCGGUGUUUGCUGUGUGGAAAGGCUUUUUCAGGUACAAGUGAUCUUAGGAAACAUCAGAGGACUCAUACUGGAGAAAAGCCAUAUCAGUGUUCGCAGUGUGGAAAGGCUUUUGAUACAAGUCAUCUUAAGAAACAUCAGAGGAUCCAUACUGGAGAAAAGCCACAUCAGUGUUCUCAGUGUGGAAAGGCUUUUAAAUGUAUAAGUGAUCUUAAGAGACAUCAGAGGAUCCAUACUGGAGAAAAGCCACAUCGGUGUUCUCAGUGUGGAAAGACAUUUACAGAUACAGGUGAUCUUAAGAGACAUCAGAGGAUCCAUACUGGAGAAAAGCCACAUCUGUGUUUGCAGUGUGGAAAGGCCUUUGCAUCGAAGGGUCAACUCACGCUACAUCAGAGGACUCAUACUGGAGAAAAGCCAAUGGCACAAAAACUCCUCAACGUCACCUUGAGGCCCAUCCCGACCAACACCAUGUAA